AUGCUCUUCCUCGCCCUCUGGGGCAUUGUCCUCUUGGCGGGGGCAGCUCUCUGGGUGCGCUCGGAGCCGAUGCGAACAACGCUGCUGCCUUACCCCGCUUCGGAGUUGACCGGUUCGAGGUUCCGCCGCCGCGGGGGUGCGGCGCAACUCUGGGCGGCGGCCGCCGAAGUUGAGAGUGAUGAUGGGAAGGGAGCAGUCGGUGGCGGUAAUCACGAGGGUGAGAGCACAGUAGCAGAGUCGGCGAGGAAGUGGCGGGAUCUGGUGGUACUGCUGGCCCUCGCGCCUCCGGCGCUGGAUGCGACCGCCCAGUUCUGCUUCUUGCGAAUGGCGGCGAGGAGUUGCAGCGCCUGGCUCGCCGUGGGUCUUUUUAUCGCUUCGACCGUGUACGCCUGUCUGGUGGGAGCGUCGGUGGUGUUGGCGGGAGUGGCGGAGCUCAAAGGAGGAGAGGGCAAGUUUAGGUGCCUCGUGGCAUCAUGGCACGCCCUCCUGCUCCUAACGGCGGUGGGAACGCUUUCCCAGCAGCAGUGGGAUAGGACCGUGGUCCGCCAGGGACUAGGAUCCAUGCUACUUUCGCUGGCGGCAUGGCAGCUGGGGGGGCUCUCCGCUAGGCGGGUCGAAGGGGCCGUCCGCUACAGCCUGGUGGUUACGGUGCAGAAAGCGCUUGGAGAGGCCAGCAACCACGAGGUGAUCGCCGCUCUUGAGGUCGUGUGUUUGUCUUUCUCGCUACCCGCACUUACCGCCGAGCCCCCCUACCCGUGGCCGAACCAUCCGCCCUCCGGCCAACCUCGCCCGAAACAUGCCACCCACAAACACCCAUGCAUCGAGAAGUUCUCACCCGAGUCUCUGCUGGAGCUGGCCGCUGGCCGCUGGUUGAUCGAAUACUGGUCCCAGCCUCCGACUUUCUCCGCCCUGGAGCUGCGCGAGAUGCUCGUCCAAGCCGUAUCGUCGAUCACACGGGAGAGGCUUGUCGGCAGUACGAGUGGGCGCGGCGGCGGCGGCGGCGGCGGCGGCGAUGGAGGGGACCGGGGUCGCAGCAGCGGGGACAUGCAUGACACUUUUGUGAAGGAUGGAGUAAGGGAUAGUCCAGAGCUUACGGAGGCGCCGUCUCCCGGGAGGGGGGUUGAGGCGCUCACGGGGUGGCUGGAAGGGAGGGGCAGUGAGCCCCCGGUGCCAAGGUUCUGGCGUCCUGUGGAAACCCUUGCCUCUGCUAGCCCGGGAUGGGUGCUCGUGUCAUCGGAGGCGCCGCUCCUCUUGAGAGCAUGUCCAACCUCGUGCGCGUCCGCCUUUUUGCUGUUGCGGUCGUUGGUCGGGGGAGCAUCGUGGAUGGAGUGGGCGUUUCUCCUGGCCCUCGCGGGGCCGGCGGCGGUGGAGUUGUGGAGGCUUCGGGUCUUGCGGAAAGAGGUGGGUGCGGUAGCACUGCCUCCGCAACAAAAAAUGUUUCUUACGAAAAGAAAAGGAUCAGGGAGGGGACACACAGACCCUAACCCUACUCCCCAACUUAACCGAUUCUAUGUUUCAUCCAGUGUGACGGGUGCGCCGUCCGGGUGGCUAGUUGCGAAUAUGGUUUCUAACCUUCCGCUUCCCAACCGCGUCGGCGCCGUGCUCUCUUCCCUUCAACAGCUAACCCGAAAGAAACGCGACCAUGGGCCGCUGCAGCCGCCGCCGCCGCCGCUGCCGCGGCGGACGCAGGCAGCAGGAGCGGCCGGCGACCGCCUAUCCCUUCUUCUCCGAGAGUCCAAUCCCCCUCUCGAGAACGUCUGGAAAAACGCGGCGCGCCUUGCGGAGAAGCUCGGAGAGGACCCCGCGGGCGGCGGCGGCGACGGUAGGCCGAGUCCUCGUGUGGUCGACCGGGUUGUCGCGGGGGUGGCAGUUUCGGGUGCGACUGAUGCUCCUCGCGUGAGCUGCCCCGAGGCGGCCUCCGCAGUGCCGAAGAGCUCGCUCCCCGUUGAUCGCGACAAGGCGGAUAUUUUUCGUGCUGACCUGGCGGCGAGGAUAGGAGCCGAGCGUGUCCUGGGUGGGCGGCCCCGCUUGCUGAAGGACUACCUAGCGUUUUCGAGGCCGAGAUCAGCCGAGAGUCCCGCCUACCCCGGCCGGUUCACGGGCAGCAGGACGAACAACAGCCUCGGACUCGGGCUGACUCGGCCCCUGGCUGGCUCUCCUGGGUCGCUUAACGGGGCGACGGCCACCGCUGUUGCCCCUACCGCAGCCCCAGCCCCCACCGCCGGCGAUGACGCCGGUGUCGGCUUGGGCGGAGUUUCUGCUGGGACCGAAGAGGGUAGAAGCGCCAGGGCUUCGUCGGCUCCGGCGGAAACAGCGGCAGCAGAGGACACAGAAGCAGCGGCACCUCUGUCACCGCCAGAAGAGGCGGCAGUGGCAGUGUCGGGAGGGGCGCAAGUCAGCGAAGAGGCGAUGGCAGCGUGGCCGUCGGCGACUUCUCCUGUGCCGUCGGCGUCACCGCCACCGCUUUCUCCGCCGUCGCGGUGCUCGGCGGACGGCGAAGAACCAACGGCGGCCGCACUGCCCGCUGCAGACACCGCCGCCGCCGCCAUUGAGGCAAGCGCUGAUGCUGCUACGGCGGCGAUUCCGGUCCGCGGGGACCCCGGUGACGAUGAUGCUUGGGACCUGUUCGGGGCGACGUGGGCGGGGACCGUCGUGGGCGCCGCGGGCGAGCUGGCGGGGGCGAUCGGCGACGUGGCCGGGGGUGCGCUGGGUUCGGUCCCGGUGUUGGGCGGCGUGCUGGAGUGGUGGGGCGGUGGAGGGGCGCCCGAGAAGGCCGAGGACUCUGUUGGCGGGGGUGGUGGUUGCGAAGCGUUGGCCGCGGAGAAGGACAGCACUGUGGACGGUGCCAUCGACGGCGUUACCAUCGACGGGACUAUUGACGGAGCAGCCAAUGUGAGUCGAGGCGGCGGUGGAGGCGGCGGAGGGGUUGAGUCUAGUGCUCGCCGGGCGGGGUCGUCAGACCAUAGCGGGAUCGAAUCGGUUGGUGCCCUGUCGAAGGCGGCGGAGGGGAGCAGCGGAGGAGCCGACACCGGUGAGCUCCACAAAGCCGGGGAGAGCACAGGGCAGGAGCAAGGCGGGCUGCUAGUUGAAGAUGAGGCUUCUUCAGUCGCUGACGAUGCGCCCGGCACUGCGAGACAGCCGGCGGAAGCCAAGAAUCCAAGUGCAAGUACCCCAAUAAGCAACGGAGACGCCGGCAGCGAGGAGGAUUUCGAUUGCGACGACGGCGGUUCUGAGAACGAGGACCGGCGCGAGAAGCAAAGGCCGACCAGCGCGUCGCUGUCUCCCCUGUGCACCAUCGACGACACCACCACUACCAGCAGCAAGGUUACGGCUCAGCUUCCACCUGGGGAUGACGUUUCCAACGGGGACGGGCAGCAACAGCAGCAGCAGCAGCAGCAGCGGGAAUCCCCGUGUGCGGGCACCAACACGCCAUCCUCAGCAUGUCGCGAUGAAGGUCAAGGGGGUGAAAGCACCACGACUCCAGAGGAGGAGCAUGGCGUGGAUCACAAGAGCAGCAUCGUUAGCAGCAGCAGCAGCAACAACAACAACAACAACGAUGAGCGUGAUACCACAACUCCCGCGUCUGCAGUGGCAUCACUUGCAGCAAGGGAGGAGGAGGAAAGGGGGGAGACCGACGCUGUGGAAUCGAUGGCGGCGACGCAGAUUGCAGCACCCGAAAUCACCGGGGUGGAGUCGGAGGGAAAGGCGCAAGAAGCAGGGAGCGGCCCGCAUGGCCUGACAGGAAUGGCAUGGUGGACGGUGUCGAGGGCGGUGGAAUUUGCCGGAGGCGCGGCGUACGGCUUCCUGCCGGGUUUCCAGGAUGCCAAGGAGGCGGGCGGCGAGCGGGGGGGGGAAGGGGACGAUACGAAGGAGGCGUCUGGCGAGCAAUGACACUGUCGCGGAGCUGCUACGCAUCGUUGACGAUAACGAUAGAAGCUUUCGAGUAGAGGGAACCAAACAAAAGUGUGGCUGUGGAGCCGACGUCGGCUGCGAGAGGGUGCCCGUGCCAGCGUCGGUAACUCACGAAGGUUCCUGUGGGAGAGGCGCUGAGGCGGCGACGGCGGCGGCGUUCACCACGGGCAACGGAGCCUGAUUGAAAGUCGGUUUUCUUUUAGUAUUUUGUCAUGUUUUGGUGGCGGUGGACGAUUCAGGUUCCAACGUCGGUUUAUAGCACGCUCGCCGCUAGGGUGUACAUGUUCUCCUCACGAGACGAGUUGGGUGGAGGGUGAAAAGCGUACCGGGAGCGGGGAACAAGCGAACUGCUGGGAAUCACCACAGCGGCAACCAACCAAGAAGUUGCCACAACGCUGACGGCCGUGUGUGUACCGUGCUGGCGUGGCGCGACGGCGGUGAAAGCUAGGACGCAGAAGCCACCAGCAACGCCGCAGAUGGAUGAGGUUGUUUUUCUUGAUUGUCACUCGUCGGUCGACGGAAAGCCUGGCCUGCUGGGCGAGCGUCGUGGCGAAUGGUUCAGGCUGGCCAUGUGGGGAAACCGGCGAUUGGGGGUCGCGUAGUUGUACAAGUGGAAGUGGAAGUAUUUGUUGUUGCCUGGUGGGCCGUCCUAUUGUAGCCUACUAGCGCUCGAGGGGUUAAUUCUAGCACGAGUUCUUGAUGAGCCUCAUGCUUGUCUCUCUGGGAGUAGUAGACACGGGGAAAGGGAGACCCAGGUAGAGCGAAGAGCGUUGUUCCUUCUACGAUGGCCCAUGGUUUUCUCGAUGCUUGCAUGAGAUAGGUACAGGUGGUGCGGAUGAUAGAUAGAUAAGGUGGUUUCCUCUCCUGUUCCGCGCGAUGAUUCCGUGGUGUGGAAUUUAUAUGUACAGGAAAGGUGAUGUGAUAAAUAAAGCAGGAGGAAAGGGUGUGGGUGCAGUAUCGUAAGGGGGAUCUUUUCAUGUUGACUUUUUUCAAUCUGGUUUUCUGGACCUUGUCGGCUAAACACCACGUCGUGUUCCAGUUCUCACCGGAGAUGCGUUUGCUUUGCACACUUGUCUCGCGAGUGGGGGGGGAGGUGAUUACCCCGACCACAUUAUAUAAUAAUGAUGGGUUAACCUUAUAUUUCGGAGAUGUUGAUACGUUGAUUUUGCCCUGGAAAUACCCAAUAUUUUGAGAAUAGCGUUGCGUGGUGAAACACGUCGUUAAUCCCUCGAGAGGACGCCCGGUGUGUCACACGAGCGUAGUUCUUGGGGGGGGCAAUCACCUGCCUUUGUACGGGAGGAAGAGAAGCUCUUCCAGCCCAAGUACCGACAGUGAGAUGACCCCCGUGCGUUUUUCCUGUGCUCGCGUAGAUUAGGCCGACUUGGCGAUACUAAACGAGUCGAGCGUACACUGCUAUUUUGCAGGGAGGCAGAUAAGAACAUGUUGGAAGAGAUAAAUAGGAGCAUGGUUCUUCGACGGCCUUUUUUAUUGCUAGUAUUGCGUGAGUUGGUCAUCGAUGUUCCGAAUUGCCAGCCCCAUCCCCCGGCAUGCAGUGAGAGGGGGUUCUGGCGGGUCAUGUGAGCGUCGAUGUUUUCGCAUGUUCGGCGGUUCUGUCGAAGCGAAGCGUGUCCGGAUCGAUGUUUUGCCGACUUUAUCUUGUCUCGAACGUACAAUGAACGAUAGAUAGCUUGGAGUUUAGAUUUGUUCACGUUCAUGUCGGUUGUUGGGCAGGGAACGUCUCUGCCGUAGAAGCAAAGAGUCAUGUUGGUACUGUACGACGAAGCACACGACCCAACACACUAAAACGAUCGUUGUGCUUCAUUUUGAGUUGCCACAUAGAUCGGACUUUUGGCGUUUUGUUUUUUUCAACGAACGUUGUUAGAUUGUUCUUUUCUCUUGGCGUGCUUUCCUCGAUGAGGCCAUUGCUAUCUAGAGGCUGGGGUAUCGAGGCUGCGCUUCCGGCGUCCCCCCCCCGGUUUCCCGAUCAGACAUUGGUUGGCAGAUUGCGUCCACCAACUAUCCAUAUUUUUUGCUGGCCCCCGUUCCAACGUGUACGCACGGGAGGCUUAGAUUAUUCCUCUACGUCAUGAUGGUCGGGUGGAUAGAUGUCGCGUAUUUCCUCCAUAGACUAACAUGUUUCUGUUCUUUCUUUUCUUUCGUUUAAAUGUGUUUUCUCCCGUAAGAGACAAAGGCAGCGGUAAGGAGCGUACCGGGGGACUGGGGACGUGCGUGUAUCGAUCGUGCCGCUCUAGUUUACUUUUCUGUGAGAUUUCAAUAAGUAACCAGCAUCGGACGGGCGUUCAGGUGAAUCGUUGCAAGGUCCUUUGUAGCCAGCGAUGAUUUGGCACGGGUACGUUGAUGCAUCCUAAGCAGCAGCAGUAGACCGUUGUGGUGCCGUGCUCCGUCCGUGUACCGCAAGAAGGAUCGUUGCGUUUUCGACCGAAAGGAGAGACAACUUUCGUUCCAAGCAGAAGCGAUAAACGGGACCACCCGGUUGCACGUUUGGUAUGGGGCGUGACGUGAAACCCUGGGUUCAUGUAUUAGACGUGGGGGGGCGGGGCGCGGUGAAUGGGCUGCCUUGUGCCCGGGAUGUUGCGCGAGAUUGUCGUCGUCAACAAAUUUGCGGCC